UGUCUGCAUUGCGAGGUUAGGGCACAGAUGGAAAUCUUCCCAAGACCCACCCUCUGGGCUCUCCCAAGUCCCGUGGUCACCAAGGGAGCGGACGUGACCCUCAGGUGCCAGGGCCGACUGGGGAGUGACAGAUUCCAGCUCUGGAUGGAUGGAGAGCUCAGAGAGGAGAGAAAUGACUCGUGGUCACAGGCAGACUUUGUGCUCAGGAAAGUAGAUGACUGGAGAGAUGCCAGAAGCUACAGGUGCCGCUCUGGAAAGGGGCCCUUGUGGUCAGAGUACAGUGAACCCCUGGCCCUGAUGGUGACAGGUGAGGGGUGCAGGUAUCAAACCAUCCUUUGGGGGAAGGCCAGUCCUCGGAGAGGAGCCCCACAUCCAACUCUAGAGAGAUUGGAUGGGAUUGGGGAGAUCAGGCCAUUAACUUUCUUCCUUCCUCCUUUAUCAGGAGCCUUCUCCAAACCCAAGAUUGGAGCCUUACAAGGACACUUGAUAUCUCCAGGGGAAACAGUAACCAUCUGGUGCCAAAUGUUUGCACAGUACACCACUCAGGACUACAGUUUUGCCCUGCUGGAUGGAAAGAGUCUGGAGCCCUUACUGUUACAGAUCCCUGUAGAGCCCAGGAUUGAAUUUUCAUUUCCAUCGCUGGGGACCGAGGAUACUGGGAGCUACAGGUGUAUUUACUACAAGAAGACACCACCACACAGAGCAUCCCAUCUUAGCCCAGUGGUGAAGCUGACUGUGCCUGGACAACUACCCAGACCCACUCUGUGGGCCCAGCCGGGCGUUGUGGUGGUCCCAGGGACUAACAUCACUUUCUGGUGCUCAAGGCCCAGGCUGGCUUCAUCUGAGGAGGUGACAUACACUCUGUGGAAGAUGGGAACCCAGCAGCCCUUACAGAACCAGAAGUCAGCAGAUCUCUGGACUGGCUUCUCUCUCCCUUCUGUCAGACCUGAGGACACUGGGAGCUACAGAUGUACUUACAAGAACAUUACAGCCUCAGGUGCACAAUCAGAGUUCAGUGAGGCCCUGGAGCUGGGGGUAACAGGAUCUCUUCCCAAGCCUUCUCUCUCAGCUCUCCCAGGCCUGGUGGUGGAGCCUGGGCAGCAUGUGACUCUCCAGUGCAGGAAGCCCCCUCAGUCAGCACUAUGGACAGCAACAUUCACUCUGCUGAAAAUGGGCAGCCCUCAACCCCUGCAGAGUCAGAACACAUCUGGCAGCUCGGCUUACUUCCCCCUCCUCUCUGUGAGGGCCCAGGAUGCUGGCAACUACACCUGUGUCUACUCUGAAAGAAUGGCUCCUUACCGGGUGUCGGAGCCCAGUGAUGCCCUAGAGAUCUGGGUGACAGAUGCCCUCCCCAAGCCUUCCCUCUCAGCCUGGCCUGGUCUAGAGGUAGCCUUGGGGAGCAAUGUGAUCCUCCUUUGCUGGGGACCCUCAUGGAUUCCUAGGUUUGUUCUAUACAAGAAGGGAGUUGAAGGAAUUCUUCACAGCAUGGAAGCCCAUGAAGACCGGGGCAGGUUCUUUUUGACCCAUGUAACCUCCAAGGACUCUGGCAAUUACAGCUGCAGCUAUCAGCUGGGCACCAAGGAAAGUCUCUGGAAGCAGUCUAGUGAUGUCCUGGAGCUUCUAGUAAGAGAGCCAAGUAACAACCUCAUCAUCAUCUUCAGCUGUGUUUUCUUUUUGUUCUUCCUUCUUUGCCUUCUCUUGCUUGCACUCCACUACCAUGGGUCCAUUCCUCUGGGAUCUUUGCAGGAAUAUAUUCCUAAAAGCUGUUUUUGUUGCUCUUGUCUUCCUUGGAAUACCUGCAAGACCCAUCAUGCUGAGGCACCCAGAGAGGAAAGGCCAUAUGAAGAAGAGACCAGGGAAACAACAAGGGGACCAUUGGUUCCCAUGGCCAACGAUCCACAGGAAGUGAUUUACACUCAGCUGAACAUAAAAACAUUGAAUAAGAGGAAAACUGACACCAAGAAGACACCAACAGAAGCCACACUCGAUGCCACUGUAUAUUUAGACUGAGGUUUGGGCACUUUUACAAAGGAAUUUUUUCCCUUCUUCUCUUCUCCUCUCUCUCACCCUUAUUUUGUCUGUUCCUUAACAGCCAUGUUAAGCCAUGAUAACUAUUAGGAAUAUUCACUGUGGUAUAGACUUGUACAAAUCCAGUAGAUCAAUCUUAAGGUGGGAGGGAAAAGGGGAAGAGAAUCUGGAACUUAAACAUUUUGUUUAAAUAUGUUAAAAUUGGUUUUUACAUAUGACUGGGGUAAAAUAACGUACUAGAUAAAACAAAAACAGCUCCUAGUUCAUUGCUUUCCUUACUUUCAAUUUUAAUAAUUUUUCUUUGAUUUUCAGAAAUUCUAAUUAAGUAUUUAAUUGUGCAUUUUAAAUUUGAAAUUUUUACUUCCAUACCCAAAUGAUUGAUCUCCUUUCCCCUAUUUUGCAUCAGAGAUAUAAAUUUUCCCCAAAGCACUACUUCAACUGCAUCCCUUAAAUUUUGCUGUAUUGUUCUAUUGUUGUCAUUCUCUUUAAUGAAAUUAUGGAUCAUUUCUAUGACUUUUUUCUUUGACCCACUCAUUCUUUUGGAAUAGAUUAUUAAAUUUAAUUGCUAUAUUUAAGAUCAUGAUUGUUA